CAUUGCGUCACUGCACGCACAGUGUUUUUGCUUCGUCUCUUUGAAGCGGCGGAGAGUCUGUCGUGUUUCUGCCGUUGGUUGUCUCUCGGUUCGGGCUCGGGAGGCUCGUCUGAUGCUCGCCGGAGUUCGGGACGCUGCCGGUGGAGCGGCGCGAGGCCUGAGGGACGCGGAGCCGCGGAGUUUAGCAGAGACUGACUGCGCAUGCUCAUGAACCGCCCGAAUGAACGCGGAUCAAUAAAGAUCCGAUCAAAACACGAGAAUCCGCAUCAGAACCGCGACCCAGCCGGACACACGGAGACCGGAGAGCCAGCCGAUCACAGCCAUCGAUCACUCACCGAUAACUGAUCGAUAGAGGAGCAGCAGAGGAGAUGCGGACACAAUACACACAUACACACACACUUAAACACACUCACUAACGCAUUCACACACUCAUAUACACACUCUCAUGCACACUCAUUAACACGUAUAUAUACACACACAUGUAUACAUACACACACAAACACGCACAUAUACACACUCGUUAACGCAUACACACACACACACACACACACACCCAAACAAGGACAGGCAUACACUCAUACACACACACACACACACAUUAACACAUAAAGAAGCAUACACACACACAAACAAAUAAAGACAUAUACACACACAGACACUAACCCAUACACGCAGUCAUACUCACUCACACAUAAACACACUAACACAAAUACACACUGUCACACACUCACUAACAAAUACACACACAUAUCUACGCAUACACUCAUACUCGCGCGCACACACACACACACACACACACACUGAUGCCGUCUGCGGGAUGAGAUGCUCACGUUAGGCAGGUGUGACUGCUCUUCCUCUGGAGCGGUGUGUGUGUGAUCAGCUGGAUGUGAGACUCACACACACACACACUCUCACACACACACACACACACACUCUCACACACACACACACAUCAUGCAGGCUCCGCCCUUCCAGUAUGACUUCUACAGUGAGGAGAACGCACACAAGUGGAGAGGCCUGCUGGUGCCGUCACUCAACAAGGUGCUGAAUCAGGUGCACCCAAAGCUGUCGUCCCAGCAGGAGGCGCUGCAGUACAUUGAGGGCCUGAUCCUGGUGCUGCUCAACACACUCUGCCAGGCCCAGCCGCGCACUGUACAGGAUGUGGAGGAGCGUGUGCAGAGGAGUUUUCCACACCCGAUAGAGAAAUGGGCGAUCGCAGACGCUCAGGCCGCCAUCGAGAAGAGGAAGAGGAGGAACCCACUGGCGCUGCCUGUGGACAAGAUACAUCCACUGCUCAAGGAGGUUCUGGGCUAUAAGAUCGACCACCAGGUGUCAGUGUACAUCGUGGCGGUGCUGGAGUACAUCUCUGCAGACAUACUGAAGCUCGCUGGAAACUACGUCAGAAACAUCCGGCACUAUGAGAUCUCACAGCAGGACAUCACUGUGGCCAUGUGUGCUGAUAAGGUGCUGAUGGACAUUCACCAGGUGGAGGAGGACAUCAGUGUGUUCCCGCUGCUGGAUGAGGAGCCGUCGGCGGCAGAGGAGCAGAGCUACUAUGAGCUGGUGAAGACCUUCAUGGCGGAGCUGCGGCAGUACCUGCGGGACCUCAACCUCAUCAUCAGGGUCUUCAGAGAGCCCUUCAACACACACACACUGCUGUUCUCAGCACACGACGUGGAGAGCAUCUUCAGUCGUAUAGUGGAUGUUCAUGAGGUGACGGUGAAGCUGCUGGGCCUCAUCGAGGACACGGUGGAGAUGACGGAUGAGAGCAGCCCACACCCACUCGUGGGCAGCUGCUUCGAGGACCUCGCUGAGGAGCUGGCCUUUGACCCCUACGAGACGUACGCACAGGAUAUCCUGCGCAGCGGCUUCCAUGAGCACUUCCUGAGACAGCUGUACAAACCUGGAGCCGCCGUAUACCUGCAGUCGAUCUGCGAGGGCUUUAAGGAGGCUGUUCAGUAUGUUCUGCCACGGCUGCUGCUCACUCCAGUCUAUCACUGUCUCCACUACUUCGAGAUCCUCAAGCAACUGGAGGAGAAGAGUGAGGAUGAGGAGGAUAAAGAGUGUGUGAAGCAGGCCAUCACAGCAUUACUGAACCUGCAGAGCAGCAUGGAGCGCAUCUGUUCCAAGAGCCUCGCCAAGAGACGUCUCAGCGAGUCUGCGUGCCGCUUCUACAGUCAGCAGAUGAAGGGCAAACAUCUGGCCAUCAAGAAGAUGAAUGAGAUCCAGAGGAACAUUGACGGCUGGGAGGGCAAAGACAUCGGGCAGUGCUGCAACGAGUUCAUCAUGGAGGGAACGCUGACCCGCGUCGGCGCCAAACACGAGCGCCACAUCUUCCUGUUCGACGGCCUCAUGAUCUGCUGCAAGUCCAACCACGGCCAGCCCCGCCUGCCUGGAGCCAGCGCCGCGGAGUACCGGCUCAAGGAGAAGUUCUUCAUGAGAAAGGUCCAGAUCAAUGAUAAGGACGAUAAGGAGGGCGAGUACCGGCACGCGUUCGAGAUCAUCCUGAAGGACGGGAACAGUGUGGUGUUCUCAGCGAAGUCUGCGGAGGAGAAGAACGGCUGGAUGGCGGCGCUGAUCUCGCUGCAGUAUCGCUCCACGCUGGAACGCAUGCUGGACACCGCCAUGCUGCAGGAGGAGAAGGAGGAGCAGAUGCGGCUGCCCGGAGCUCAGCUGUACCGAUUCGCUGAACCCGACUCUGAGGAGAACGUGGUGUUUGAGGAGAAUGUGCAGUCCAAAUCCGGCAUCCCCAUCAUCAAAGCCGGAACCGUACUCAAGCUGAUCGAGAGGCUGACCUUCCACAUGUACGCCGAUCCGAACUUCGUGCGGACGUUUCUGACCACGUACCGCUCGUUCUGCAAACCUCAGGAGCUGCUGGACCUGCUCAUCGAGAGGUUUGAGAUUCCAGAACCCAAGCCCACAGAAGCGGAUCAGAUGGCGCUGGAGAACGGAGAUCAGCCGCUGAGCGCAGAACUCAAACGCUUCCGCAAGGAGUUCGUACAGCCCGUACAGCUCAGGGUGUUGAAUGUGUGUCGGCACUGGGUGGAGCAUCAUUUCUAUGACUUUGAGAGAGACGCUCAGCUGCUGCGGAGACUGGAGGAGUUCAUCGGCACUGUCAGAGGUAAAGCCAUGAGGAAGUGGGUGGAGUCCAUCACGAAGAUCAUCCAGAGGAAGAAGCAGGCGCAGGCCAGCGGCUCCAGCCACAACAUCACCUUCGAGAGCUCCCCGCCCGCCAUCGAGUGGCACCUGUGCAGAGCUGGACAGGUGGAGCAGUUCGACCUGAUGACCCUCCACCCCAUCGAGAUCGCCCGCCAGCUCACACUGCUGGAGUCCGACUUCUACAGGGCGGUGCAGCCGUCAGAGCUGGUGGGAAGUGUCUGGACUAAAGAAGAUAAAGAGAUCAACUCUCCAAACCUGCUGAGGAUGAUCAGACACACCACCAACCUCACACUCUGGCUGGAGAAGUGUAUAGUGGAGACAGAGAAUGUGGAGGAGCGUGUGUCAGUGGUGUCGCGUAUCAUCGAGAUCCUGCAGGUCUUUCAGGAGCUCAACAACUUCAAUGGUGUGCUGGAGGUGGUGAGCGCCAUGAACUCCUCACCCGUCUACAGGCUCGACCACACCUUCGAGCAAAUCCCCAGCAGGCAGAGGAAGAUCCUGGAGGAAGCUCAUGAGCUCAGUGAAGAUCAUUAUAAGAAGUAUCUGGCCAAACUCAGGUCCAUCAACCCACCCUGUGUGCCCUUCUUCGGUAUUUAUUUAACGAACAUCUUGAAGACGGAGGAGGGAAACCCAGACUUCCUGAAGCGGCACGGCACUGAGCUGAUCAACUUCAGCAAGAGGAGGAAAGUGGCCGAGAUUACUGGAGAGAUCCAGCAGUACCAGAACCAGCCCUACUGUCUGCGGGUGGAGAACGACAUCCGGAAGUUCUUCGAGAACCUGAACCCGAUGGAGGACAUGAUGGAGAAGGAGUUCACAGAUUACCUGUUCAACAAAUCUCUGGAGAUCGAGCCGCGCAACGCACGCACACUACCCAGAUUUGCCAAGAAGUACAGCUGUCCUCUGAAGUCUCCGGGGGUCCGUCCGUCUGCGGUGCGACCGGGAGCGAUGCGACACCCGACGCCGCUGCAGAACGAGCCGCGCAAGAUCAGCUACAGCCGCAUCCCUGACAGCGAGACGGAGAGCAGCGCAGCGUCAGCACCAAACUCCCCCAGAACACCCCUGACGCCCCCACCUGCAUCUGCUGCAUCCACUGACACCUGCAGUGUGUUCGACUCUCCACAGCAGCCCUCCAGCCCGUUCCACUCCAACAGCGAGUGUGUGUUCGCUCCGGUGGCUCUGCCGCACGGCCCACGAUCCUCUUCAGUGUCCUCUAUGAUGGGUUUUCUGAGGAAUGAUGAUCCUCCAGUUCCUCCUCCUGUCCCACCUCGCCGCCGGCCCGAGUCUGCCCCCGCCGAGUCCUCGCCCUCCAAGAUGAUGUCUACACACCUGGACAGUCCUCCUGCGAUUCCUCCUCGUCAGCCGACCAGCAGUAAGGUGUAUUCUCCUCGAUACUCCCUGACGGAUCCUCCGGAGAGCCCACCUCUGCUGCCGCCGCGGGAGCCGGUGCGGACCCCGGAUGUGUUCUGCAGCUCCCCGUUACACCUGCAGCCGCCUCCGCCGGGCCGCCGCGCCCCCGAGCUGCAGGCCUUUUUCCCACCGCAGACGCCCUCGCCGUCACCGCUGGGGCCGCGGAAACACUCGGAGCCUCCGCUGGAGCCCCCGCUGGGCCCGCCCGUCCCCCCGCGCCUCAGCACCGCCGCCCCACCCGCACACAUCCCCAAACUGCCCCCAAAAACAUACAAGAGGGAGUCAGUGCACCGCGAGGGCCCGCCGCCGCCACUGCUGCUGGAGAACGCCAACCCCACAUGAACACACACACACACAGACUCCACACGCGCGCGCUCACUGUGAGCAGGAGUGUGUUCAGACUCAUCUGUAGCUGUUUGAUAUU